GAAAUUUGAAAUGUAACGUUUCCAUUUCUUCUCAGGAUCCGAAGGCGUCCGAGCAGUUCAUCAACUUUGUAGCAUUUUGGUGAUACUUUUGCUGUAUUUAAUUGGUUUGGUGGAUCCUUCAUAUCACAAACGUUUAUUGUGAUAAAUCAGCUAAAUUAUUGACACAAAUAUUAAAAAUGUGUGAUGAUACUGUUCGCGUUGCUUUACGUAUCCGUCCAUUAGUGGUAAGCGAGAUCGAGAAAGGAUGUCAGAUGUGUUUGGAUGUGAUUCCUGGAGAACCACAAGUUCACAUACUCAACAGCAACAAAUCAUUUACAUAUAAUUAUGUCUUUUCUCCUGAUGUUGGACAAGAAGAAUUUUAUGAUGUAGCUAUUAGACAAUUACUGGACAAUAUCUUUCAAGGAUAUAAUAUUACAAUAUUGGCUUAUGGUCAGACUGGUAGUGGUAAGACUCAUUCAAUGGGUACAAAUUACACAGGAGUCGAAGAAAAGGGUAUUAUACCAAGAGUUGUAGAAGACAUGUUCAAGACGAUUAAAUCAAAAGAAGAUUGGAGCUUUAAAGUUAAAGUUUCAUUCAUGGAAUUAUACCAAGAGCAAUUGUACGAUCUCUUGUCUGAUAAACAGAGAAGUCAAUCCAUCGUGGACAUCAGGGAAGAUGGGAGGAGCAUAAAAAUCGAUCGUAUAACAGAAAAAGAAGUGACAAAUGCCGAAGAGAUACUGGAAUGUCUGAGCCAGGGCUCCACAGGUCGUGUAACUGGAGCAACUGCAAUGAACGCCCACAGUAGUCGUAGCCAUGCGAUAUUUACAAUUUGUAUACGCCAGCAGAAAAAUAAUGACCCGAAUACAGAGACUGUUGCAAAGUUUCAUCUCGUUGAUUUAGCGGGAUCCGAACGUAGUAAAAAAACUCAAGCCACAGGGGAGAGGUUUAAGGAAGGUAUAAAUAUAAACAAAGGACUGCUUGCUUUAGGCAAUGUCAUUUCUCAGCUCGGUGAUGGUGCUUCUGGCUCUUACAUCGGAUACAGGGACAGCAAACUUACGAGACUGUUACAAGAUUCCUUGGGCGGUAAUUCCAUGACUCUCAUGAUUGCCUGUGUUAGUCCUGCCGAUUACAAUUUGGAUGAAACUCUCAGUACUUUGAGAUAUGCGGAUCGCGCGCGCAAGAUAAAGAAUAAGCCUGUGGUGAAUCAAGAUCCGAAGGUUGCGGAGAUAAAUCGGCUGAACAAAUUGACUCAGGAACUGCGGUUGGAGCUUAUGAAUCAGGAAAUCGGUAUAACGUGUCCCAAGGAGCACGAGGAACUGGAUGAGAAGUGCAGUACGUUACAACAUAAGCUUCGAGAUAUGACGGAGAAGUUAAAUUUGAAUUUGGCUGAGAUCGUUAUCAUGCACGAACGAGCUGAAAUGGCCGAACAGGCUCGUGAAAAGAUCAGAUCCGCCAUGGCGUUAGUGCUAGAUGAAUUUAAGCAAAUUCUUCAAGAGUUUGAUAUCUGUCACGAGAUCGACGUUGAGAGACGCAACAAAUUGAAAGANUAAAAUUUUUUUUUUUUUUUUUUUUUUCUCACUUAAUUUCUCUCGACAAUACUUUAAUUUGACGCUUGUUUUAUGUGUGCAGAAAUUCAAACUGACGAGAGAAAGGCGUCCGAGGAAUUGCUAAAUUACGAGAUAUCCGUGGAUUCUAAGAAUUCUGUGACGUUCAUAAAAGAAGACGCGGAAUGCGUACAUACGGGCGAUUUGAACAAUGUCGGGGAUAGCUUGGAUUACUUCGAUAAAAAGGAAGAGGAGCAUACGUUACGACAAGCAGAACGAAAUAACGAGGUUCAAAAUAUCAAUAAAGAGCUGGCGCUCAAAGAGAGUCUUGUGUCGGAGCUGAUGAAAAGUAUCACCCAACAAACUGCGGAAAGUCACCGGGACGUUGCGGAAAUGGAAAAGGAAAUCGAGAGGCUGCAUGCGGAAAGAGAGGAACACUUACAAGCAGUUCAUGCACGCAACAUUACAUCCAAAUUGGCCGAGACACGUCGCAAGAAAGUACAGGAAUUGGAAAAGAAGAUAACGGAGCUGACGCGCAAAUGUCAGGAGCAGAACAAAAUAAUCAAGGGGAAGGAGAAGCAGGAUCAACGGAUCAAAACUCUUUCCGACGAGAUACAAUCGUUGAAAGAAGCCAGAGUCAAACUCGUUAGACAGAUGCGCAACGACGCGAACAAUUUUACAAAGUGGAAACAGUCCCGGGAGAAGGAGAUCAUCAAAUUAAAGACUCAAGAUCGCAAGCGUGCUUUCGAAAUGGUACGCUUGAAAAUGCAGCACAAUAAACAGGAGAUCGUCUUCAAGAGGAAAAUGGAGGAAGCGUUCGCCGUUAACAAGAGGCUAAAGGGUGCAUUGGAGAUGCAGAAGAAGGCGAUGGAACGGCAAGAGAAAAAGGCUAACAGUAAGGAUGAGAUGAAAACGUGGGUGGCUCAAGAAUUGGAAGUGUUAAUGGCGACGAUAGACGCGAACUUGUCUCUUGAAAAACUGAUGCAAGACAGAGCCGCCUUGUCUUAUCAGUUGGAGCAAUUGAAAAAAAGCAACAAUCCCGAUGAAGAGGAGUGUGCAACUCUUACAGUGUUAAUAGAUUUGCGUAAUACGCAAAUCGCCGAUCUUCAGAAAGAAAUUGUCGAGUCGGACCAAGAAACCAGAGCAAGUACAAGAUGGAACAGAAUACACAACGUUGCGGACGCCAAGGUCAUAUGUCAAACGGCAUUUCAUCUGGUCGGACAAGAGAGGAAGCAACAAUGUUACAAAUUUAACGAACUCAAAGACAAAUACUUAAAUCUACAAGCACAAUUAGAAGAAUAUAUAAAAAGGGAAAAGGACAACAAGACAUAUUCCCUGGAAAAUACAUCUAACGUGUCUUCGAACAGCAUAGAGACAUCAGCACAAUCGAAUCAACGGAUCUUAAAAGAAAGUAACUUGAACAACGAAAACAAAACGAAAUCUGAGGUCAAAAGAAAGAAAAAUCCGUUGGAUCUUUUCGUUGAGAAUACUUACGCAGAGCAUGAUAAUAGUUUAACCAUGGAAGAAGACGACGUUAAGAAUGAUCCCGAUUGGAAAAAUACACCGCUUUACAAUCGCAUACAGAAGUUACAGAAUAAGUCAAAGCUCUCGGUGCAACGGUUGACUUAUAAAUUAGAAACUAAUGAUAUAAAAUGUUCUUGUAAAACAAAAUGCGCUACACGGAUAUGUUCGUGUCGCAAGAAUAAUAUUAUUUGCAACAAUUGUAACUGUAAUCCUGAACAGUGUCAAAAUAGAGACCAAGAAGACUUGCGUGAGCUGUUCUCGGAUAUCAUGGAGAACGAAGUGAUUUCUAAUUAGAUAAGAAAUGAAUGAGGAAAAGCUGUCGAAAUGUCGAAAAACUGUUUCGUUGUAACAAACGCUUGCGUUUUGAUAUAUCCUUGUCGAUGAAUUUAUGUUGUAUGCAUUUAUUUAUUAGAAAGUUUAGAUAAUAGGUAACGGCAGAGAGUAAAAACAAUGGCUUUAACUCUCGCUCGAGCACAAACGACUAAGUGACGUGCCUACGCCCCUCUAAGCGUUUGAAACACUGUCAUAAGUAAAAGAUGCAAUUUACAAGAGGAAAAUGGAGGAAGCGCUUCCUCCAUUUUUCUCUUGAAAACGAUCUCCUGUUUAUUGUGUUGCAUUUUCAAGCGUACUAUUUCGAAAGCACGCUUGCGAUCUUGAGUCUUUAAUUUGUUGAUUAUGGUAUUCAUCUCAAGUCUCUUAGUAUCGUGCUUGUCACAUGUGUACAUACAAUUGUCUUCAUCAUGAACACAUUUAUCUCGCGUUUCUAUUAGUUUUAUAUAAAUGACACUAUUAUUCAUUCAAUGAUUAUACAACAAUGAAAACUAGUUUACAUUUUAUCACUCAGAAGAUAUACUGACGAAUAAAGA